UCCGCUCGCACACAUCUUCUUAUCAGCACCUCGUGGAGUCUUCCGAACCGUUGAAAUCUUGAGCGGGCGCCCGGGUCAGCCCGCGAUAGGAGCCCAGCCCUGGGGUUGUUGUUGCAAAGUUCUAGAAAAGGCGCAAAGAUGCAGCCUUUGCUCCUGCUGCUCGUCCUUGCAGCAGCAGGGAGCUGCCAUGCUGGCUUCAUCUCAAUCCGCUCCCAGGGCCUGCCUCAGGGAGGCACCCUGUAUGUGCUGGGAGGGCAGGCGGACAGCCAGCCGGUCAUGACAGGGAUGCUGUCACGCAUUCAGCUGGCGCCGAUCAAUGUACAGGUCCAGGCAGGCUCUGCCACGCAGGCCUUCUCCAGUGUCUUUACAGACCGCCGCUCAAGCCUCUUUGACAGCGCACUCAGCACCUGGAUGGACCAGCAGCUGGCAGCGCUGGACUCGCUUCAGUCGAUGGUAGACACAUCGCCCACCACGAGGAUGCCCUGCCCGCGCGCAGCUGCCACGGCAGCCGCCGCGCAGGCCAACAUGCCGGAUGUGCUUGCCUACAUGGCGUCAUCGCGCUUUGGGCCUGCUAUGCUCAGCACCAUCGCGCAGCAGUCGAUGGCGGGAGCGGAGGAAGGUGCAGAGGAGGACCUGACCUUCUACGACAGCACUGACCUGGACGAUGCUGACAUGGCGGCUGCUGAGCUGGAAGGCUUUGAUGCCGGUGGCAUGGGCGAAUACACGGCGGCGGUCAUCGCAAAUGGCUAUGCAUCGGAGCAGCCUGACACUCUGGAGAGCGUCGACGGCUUUGUCACUGACGACCGCGGUUUCUACUCGUCCAUGCUGGCGGAGGAUGAUGCUAUGGUUGGGGAGUACCCUGCCUCCCUGGCGCCCGGCCAGAUCAUCAACAAGGACGAUGGCCCCACAUGGUUCUUCGUGUUGGACGACGGAACUGUCAACUGGGGCUUUCUGCUGUUCCUGCUGCUGGCCGCCGCGGUGCUGGGCCUCUGGUUCCACAUCUGCCGCAGCGCCGCGCGGCUCUUCCGGGCGCGCCGCUUGCAGACUACAGAGUCUGCGCAGUUCCUGAGCUCUGCCAAGGCCCCUCUGCUCGCCGACUGGCGCGCCGCCGUGGCCCCGCUCGCCCCCGAGAAGCCCGUUGCGCAGGCCGCCGCCCCCGAGCUGUUCUCACAUGUCGAGGUGGCCAGCGAGCAGGCGCCCAGAGGCACCUUCUUUGCACCCAAGGGGAAUGAGUAUGUCACCAUCGCAUAUGUGCCCCUGAAGGGUGAGCAGUGAGAGCAGCCCAUCGACAGUCUGGUACCUGGAUGCAGUCGGGGGCCAGUUGUGUGUGCAACCAUAUGGACAACAUGCAUGUACUCUCAGAGACAGUGUGAUAUUUUGGUACCAGGCAGAUCGCUUGUUAUGCAACUUCUGAUCAGACGGAUGCAGGAUCUUUGCGGACCUCUCUGAAAAAUACUUGUACAACAGACGCUCCCAUAUUUUAAUAAAGUUGCACUGCAACGCUUUUGGCUAAUCUGUUCACCAGUGAGUCACCAUGUUGUCGGCAUCUCAUGAGUUGAGACAAUGUUAUGUCUGUCCACAAUUGUAAAGUUUCCAUCCCGUUCC